AUGGAAGAGACAACAAACAAACACACAAGCGGUCUCCGACUUGGCGAAAAAGCAAGUCUUAAGGACGAGAUACAGAGAAGGUUUAUGGAGAAGAAGUGGGUAUGGGUUCCGAGCAAUAAGGAGGCCUACCGAAGCGGGUUUGUGGUGAAGGAGGAGGGAGAUAACCUUGAGGUUGAUUGCGAAGGGGUUGUUAUCAAAUGCAAAAGCUGUGAGAUAUUUAGGAUGAAUCCUCCGAAGUUCGACAUGAUAGAUGACCUUGCAGAGCUGAGUUAUCUCAACGAGCCCGGGGUCCUGCACAAUUUGAAGAGAAGAUAUCAGAACGGACGGAUAUAUACAUACUCGGGACUGUUUCUUCUUGCAAUCAACCCAUACAAGAACCUCCGGAUAUAUGGAGAGAAGGAUGCAAGGAAAUACACUCUUAGCAAGAAGUAUGAGCUGGAGCCGCAUAUCUUCGCGGUUGCAAAUGAAGCAUAUAAGUCGAUGGUUUCAAGCAGGGAAAACCAAUCGAUCUUGAUUACAGGGGAAUCUGGGGCAGGGAAGACAGAAAACACAAAGAGAGUGGUGGAGUUUCUUGCGAUGGUGGGAGGAAGCAAGGAUGCAGAAGUAAGCAUUGACAGGAAGAUAAUAGAUGCAAACCCCAUUCUGGAAGCGUUUGGAAAUGCACAGACGGUGAAGAACGACAAUUCCAGUAGAUUUGGAAAGUUUAUAAAGAUCAAAUUCAACGGAGGAAACAUAUGUGGAGCACAUAUUGAGAAGUAUCUGUUGGAGAAGUCUAGGGUGACCAACCAGAACAGAAACGAGAGGAACUACCACAUAUUCUACCAGCUUCUUGGGAGUGAGGACCAGGGACUCAAGAAGCAGCUGUUUCUGUCGGGGGAGCCAAAGGACUAUAGGUUCCUCCGAGGUUCCAAAUUCAGGAUCCCUGGGGUGGAUGAUGCAGAGGAGUUCAAGAGGCUUAGAGAGUCGAUGGACAUUUUGGGGAUUAGCAGGGGUGAGCAGAAUGGGUACUUUGGGAUUGUGUCUGCGGUCCUGCAUCUUGGAAACAUCGAGUUUCGAGAAAAGGACGGGGCAGCCGAGAUAGCCAAUCUUGAUGUUGCAGAAAAGGUCUGCAAGCUCCUCAACAUUCCUCUUACAGAGUUUAUCAAGGGUCUUAUCCAUCCAAUGAUCAGGGCUGGGAAUGAGUAUGUUGCACAAAGCAGGAGCAAGGAACAAGCUCUUAAGAUUGUGGAAGGGCUUGCAAGGAUUCUGUAUGACAAGAUGUUUGACAGCGUGAUAGGAAGAAUCAACAUGUCUCUCAGCUCUCCACACAAAGGCAACUUUAUUGGGGUUCUUGACAUAGCAGGGUUUGAGAUCUUCGAGAAGAAUUCAUUUGAGCAACUCUGCAUAAACUACACAAACGAGAAGUUACAGCAGUUUUUUAAUCACCACAUGUUUAUUUUGGAGCAGGAGGUGUACCGGAAGGAGAAUAUUGAUUGGGACUUUAUUGACUUUGGGCUGGAUCUGCAACCGACGAUCGACCUGAUAGAGAAGAACAAUCCAAUUGGGAUUCUGAGCUAUCUGGACGAGGAGUGUGUGAUGCCGAUGGCAACGGAGAAGACAUUUCUUGGGAAGCUGAUGAAAAACAUCCGGGAUGAGAAGUUCGAGGUUGACCGAAUCCGAGAUGUUUUUAUUCUAAACCAUUAUGCAGGAGAUGUGGAGUACACAGUUGAGGAUUGGCUUUCAAAGAACAAGGACUCGCAUUCUGAGGCGCUGACAUCGUUAAUCCGCAUGUCGAGUGAUGAGACUGUUUCUAAGCUAAGCCUGGAGGAGGAGAUGAUCAAGAAAGGGUUUUUCCGAACGGUUUCGCAGAAGCAUAAGGAGCAGCUCGCAUCCUUGAUGUCUGAGCUUCGUGGGACAAACCCACACUUUGUGCGGUGCAUAAUUCCGAACCUUGAGAAAAGCGGAGAGAGUUUAGACAAUGGAGUAGUUCUAGGGCAACUGAAGUGUAACGGAGUUCUUGAGGGGAUAAGAAUCAGCAGACAGGGAUUUCCGUCUCGGAUGGGGUAUCUGGAGUUUGUGCGGAGAUAUAAGAUAAUGGUAAAAGAGGAGGUUCUGGAUGGGGAGCUCUGGGGGGAUGGGGUUUGUAUGGAGCUCUGCAAGGAAGGAACAGGAAAGAUUUUAUCAGAGAUUGGAAUUGGGGGAAGCCAAUACAGGAUGGGACGUACGAAGGUGUUUUUUAGACAAGGGGUUCUUGCAGACAUCGAGGACAUGAGGGAUGGAAAGAUCUCUGAGAUUGUCAAAGAGGUUCAGGCUCUUAUUAGAAGAAGACUUGCAUUCCGGAAAUACAAUCUGACACAAAGGAGGAUGCAGGGGAUUCUUGUGAUUCAAAGGAAUGGAAGGAUAUGCAAUGAGCUGCAGCGAUGGAACUGGUGGAGAUUGUAUCAGAAGAUCAAACCCUUGCUGGAUGUCCGGAAGAAGGAUAAUGAGAUGAGGGAGAAGGAUGCGAUGAUUCAGGAAUACAUUCGAAUGCUUGAUGCUGAGAAGAGCAGGAGGGAGGAGUCUGAAGAGAUGAUGAAGAUGAUAAGUCUGAAGAAGGAUCUAUUGGAGAAGACUGUUGAGGAUGAGAAGAGGUUUUCUAUGGAGAAGGACGAACUGCUGAUGGCCUUAAGAUACAAGGUGGAUUCGAUGGGGCAAGAACUUGAGAAGGCACGGAAGGAAGCUGAUGAAGCUCAUGAGGAGAAAAAGGUAUGCUCGGAACGUCUAGCUGAGAUGGGCAAGACAUUGGAAGGGAGAGAAGCAGAAAUAUGUGAUCUCCGAAAGGAGAUGGAAGAACAGAAGAAUACUCUUUUAUUACAGGAGAGAGACAUCUGUACACUGCGUGAGGAGAUAGUAAGCAAGCUGAGCGAGAAGGAUGCAAUGGUGGAGAAGAUGCUUCGAGAGAGGGAUAAGGAGGUAAUGAUGCUGAAGGAAAAGAUCAAGGAGAAGGACCUUGAUGGAGAGAAGAAGGCUGAGAAGAUCAAAAGGCUUGAGUUGUCUGAAGAAGAAAGAAGGAGAGAGCUGAAGAAAAAGGAGCAGGAGAUGAACGAGCUCCGAACUAAUUGGUUGAGCAUGAAGAAAUGGAAGGAGGAGUGUGUAGAGCUAAGGGCAGACUAUGAGGCGAUGCAGAAGAAGUUAAAAGACGAAGCAGAAGAUGCAUUGCUUGAAAACGACCGCCUCCAGAACGAGAUUCGAAAGAUGAGGAAGGAGAUGGAGGAGCAGGAACUUAUGCGGAAGAAGCUUCUGGACGAUCUGGAGUUUGAGAGGAGUAGGGGGCAGAAGCUUGAAGGAGCAUUUCAAGAGCUCAGGAGAGAACACGAGAUUGUAGAGGAGCAGCUUCAGAAGGAAAAGCAGCUGAAGGAUUCAACACAAGAGUCGUUAGUGGAGAGGAUAAAGGGCCUUGAGAGGAAAACCAAGAGCCUUAGUGAGAAGUUGAAGAGUGAAGAGCUUGCAAACAAGCAGCUUAUGAAUGAGAAAGACGACAUGCACAGAGAGAUCCAUGUUUUGCAGCAGUCGAAACUGGACGAGAUUUUCGACAGGGAGGCAGCAUUCAACAGUGCCAAAAAGAAUCUUCAGAUGGAGAUCCAAAGGCUGGAAAUGGAGAACCAAAAGCUGAAUACGGAGAUUAUGGAAUCGAAGUGUAUGGGGGAGGCUAGUGAGGAGAGUGUUUCGGCAAUGGAAAAGUUUUAUGUGAUUCUUGAGGAGGAGAGGAAGAAGAGAAAAGAGAUUGAGCACCAGGUAUCUGAGCAGGAAAACAAGAACGUCAUAUUGAGCAGCGAAGUGGAAAUGCUAAAGGAGAUGGUUGAGAUAGAAAGAAGAAGCAAAGAAGAAAUGAUGAGGGGGCAAGAGAAAGAGACAGGACUGCGAAGGGCGAUUUCUGGGGUGCGGAAAGAGAUUGAGGAUGUUGAAAAUGAAAUGAACAUGAUUGUCAGUGGGUUCAAUGAGCUGUAUUUCUCUGUUCUUAACAAAUACAAAGGGGAUCUUAAGGAAUGUAAAGAGAGUUUGGAAUUGAAGAAUCAUACUAUUGAGGAGCUGAAUGAUAGGAUUUUGGAUCUGAGCUCGCUUGCCGAAGGAAGGAGAGCGGUGGAAGAAGAAACGAGUGGAAGGAUGGAAGAAAUGAGCAAGCAGUACAGCAAGAUGGCCAAUGACUUCUCAUCGCUGAGUGCCAAAUGUAAUUCUCUUGAGAUAUCUCUAUCUGAGAAGGAGGAGGAGAUCAAGAGAUAUGAAGAGAAGUGCAGUGAAUAUGACAAUCUGGUCAGAGAUUUGGGAUGCCGAAUUGACGAGGAGAUUAAGAAUCUCCACAGGAGUGAUGAGGAGAGAAGAGGAUAUAUUAGAAAGCUCGAAGAUGAUUUGAACGGAAGUAUGGCAGGAAUAAGGAAGCUGGAGGAGAAGUAUAGGGCACGAAUGGAGGAAAGUGUACAGUAUGUCCUUGAUGGGGAGAAGAGGAAGCUUAAGGCUCUAGAGGAGUUACACGGGCAGCUAGCAAAGAGAUUUGAUGAUCUACAAGGGGAACAUCGGAUUCUUUUGGACGAAAAGAUGAAGGACUCGUUGAGGAUUGAGCAGCUUGAGGGAGAGCUCUGUGCUCUCCGGAAGGCGGAGACACAAAGGCAAGACAUGAUUUUGAUGUAUGAAUCCGAGAUUUCUGGAUUGAAGCGGUGUGCAAGGUUCCAAGACGAGAUCCAAACAUCGUUUGGGGGAGAAAGAAGCCCUGCAGUUGUGCAUGUCUGUGAUAAAGAGAAGUAUCAAGCGCUGGAUCGUAAGAGGGCAGUUAUUGAGAAUGAGUUGUUAAGGGCAAACAACGAUAAGGAGUCCCAGAUUGCAGCCAAUAAGAAGCUUCGGGAGGAGGUAGAAAGACUCCGAGGAGAGAUUGAGGGGAGCAGGAGCAAGGCAUUGGAAAUGAAGAAGAAGUUGGGGCAUCAGAUGCUAACGGCGAACCGUCUCAGCAGGGAACUUGAAGAAGAGAAGGAGAUGGUAAGGUUUCUGAGGACUCUUGGAGGAGGGAGGAAGAAGAAAGCCUGA